AUGGAGGGUGGGAUGGAGGGGCGAAAGGGUCAGCCCGCAGCAGGAUGCAACCCUGCAACCCAAGGUCAUUCGGACGGAACUUUCUUUGGUUGUUUGCAUAUCGGCCUGCUCAUCGAGACAUCAUCCCGGCCAACACCAUGCCCUCCUCGUCCUCGUGACAAAAUCGCCGCCGGGGAUCUCGACCACGUCAUCAGCGUGAGGCUCAAGCCGAUCAAACCCAGUCAAGAUAAGAGAUCUACUCCAGCUCCCACCCUCAAAAGCAUUGUCCUCGUCGAGCCUUGUAGAGAACAAGGCCGGGCGAGCAAACCCGCACCCGGCAUCAUGCCCUUCCCAGUCCUCUCCAAAGAACCCAUCCCAGGCCUGUCCCUCUCAGCAGCGGGGCUCGUCGCCCUCGCGGACCUACAGACCAUCGCCAACCGUACCGCGCUGACGGGCACGUCGUCCUGGUUCGACGCACUGGUCCUCGCGCCGGGGUUGCAUUAUCAGCAAGCGGCCGACAGCGUCGCGGGGACCAGCGGUGUAGUCACGGCCCAGACGUCCGCUGCACUCGGCUACGGGGGUGCCGCCGCGGGAGGAGGCGGAGGAAACGGCGGUGCCGGCAUCUUCGGUACGCAGGCACUGCCCGGCGGGCGGAAGAAGGAUGUUAAGGUGACGAAUCCGGGAAUGCUGUUAUUUCUUUCCCGACUUGGGGUCCAGGAGGAACGGGCGCGGGAGAAGGAUCUCAAGAGGAGGAAGCUAGCCGGCGGUGGUGGGAUCGAGGCUUACGGGACCGGAGUAGUAGGAGGCGGAGGAGGCAGCGGGGAAAAGAUCAUCACACUCGACGUCGGCACCCUCUCCACCGGCCGGAAACGGAGCCGGAGCCGGAAUCGACGCGGUCGAGCUUUUGAGCACGGUUCGGAGUGGGAGUUUGAGCGGGGGAGUCACUUGCUGUACCUCGCGAGUCCGGUUCUUACGUUUGCUGCGCUGACUAUCAUGAUUUUACUAGCAGACUGGUGGGGUCUCGCAUCGAUCCUAGCACUCAUCACAUCCCGCCUCUUAAAUAUCUACAUUAUCAAACAACGCACCCCUCCCCCUCCUCCUCCUCCUCCGCCGCCGCCGGCCACUGCGUUCUUCGCUAGCAAUGGCAACGGCAACGGCGGCAUAGCCAUAUCGUCUUUACCACCAAAACUCACAGAGUACCUCAUCCCCCUAACCCCCUCCCUCAAAAUUCGCAUGCGCGGCCCAGCAGACGACCUCGCCGCCCUGACGACAGACGCCUGGCUCCUCGCAAAGACGGCCGUGCAGGGCUACCUCGAGGCGACGGCCAAGCUGGCCGUGUACGUCGUCGCCAUCUUCAGCGGCAACGUCUCGCAGGCGGGGAAUCUGGUGCUGCUUGUGCUCUUGCUGGGGAGCGCGGGCUUGUUGGGGCUGAGUAACGGGUGUAUGAAAGGGGUGAGGGGAAAGGGGCGCGUGGCGAGGGUGUGGCAUGGUGAUGAUGGUGAUGGGCCUGGUGGUGGACGUGGUGAUGGAGCGGGAAGUGGGGGGCGGGCUGGGAGGGGGGAGAUGGGGAGGACGACCAGGCCACGCGGCGGGUGGAAGGGAGAUAAGGAGGAGGGGGAUGGGAUUGGCGAUCCGGAUUGGGAUUCACAGGUCGGUAGGGUUGUGAGGGAUCCCUAUCCUUUUGAAGGGAGUGUUGAGUAUUCAUAG